AUGAAGACCACAGUGAACCAUGGGAGGAAACAGACAUCUUGCAAUACAAUACAAAACAAUACAGUACAAUUCAAUUCAAUACAAUGCAUUGCCAUAAUUGUCAAUUUGAAAUCAAUUACACUUCAAAUAUAUUUUCAUGAACAAUUAAAUGUGUGUUUAAAAACCAUUCUCUAUUCAGGUGUCAGUUGUGAGGACCUCACUCCACUCAAGAAAGAAGAGUAUUGUUUAGAGGGAACCCCUGUUACCCUGUCUUACAACUACUCCAGAGCAGCUACUGGUGGAGAUGAAUUAUAUUUGUAUCACCAAGACACAGCACAAAGGCCAGAGUUCCUCUUGUACAUCUCAGGUUUAGGGUUUAUAAAGAAAGCAGAUCCUUUGACCACUCGAAUAUUUGUGAAACUCAAUGAUGAGAAAAAACAUUUGUAUCUGGAGAUCUCCUCUGCUGAAGUGACAGACUCUGUUCUGUACUACUAUGCUGUGAGGCCCACAAUUGCAAAGGUGAAGAGGCCGUUGACCAGCAGAGUGGAUGUGUUACUGCCCUUGAAGGAGGCCUGUCUGUUAUGGUAUCGCCAGCACCCUGGAUCCUCUCCACAGUUCCUCAUACUGGACUACUCUGGGUUCAUAACCAACACUGAUAGUACAAAAUGGACCCUCACACAUGAAAAAGAGGACAACCGUGUGGAUCUGGAAAUCUCCUCUGCUGAAGUGACAGACUCUGCUCUGUACUACUGUGGUCUGAAGCCCACAAGUGCUCAGGAGACCAUGUUCAACAGCAACCAGGAGGUGUGA